UGGGUAAUGAGCGACGCAUAAGAAGUACUUCGAUUUUUCAUGAUUUUCACGUGGCUAUACAACUGAACAGAUCCUAAAACGUACUCGUGUUUAGAACCACCUGCGCCCUGUCAAGUGCUGAGUAUCGCCGGUUAAAACUUCGCGAUGCGAAGUGAAAACCGCGAUAACGAAAAAUGGCUUUCAUCGAGGACACUUUUGUGAUUCUCGUAACACAGGUGGAAAUUCGUUUCCACUACAAGAUCAGUUUUAUCGAUACUUCCCGCACUGAUUAAGGUUAUAAAGAGAGUACGGUGCUCCAUACGUGUAUUUCAGAAUCGUGUGAAUGAUUAUUUCUUUAACAAAGUUUAAUGUAAAGCAUAAUAUAUAUAAAACUGGACGAAUAUUUUAUUUUGGUGAUCUAAUAACUUUCUUUACUACAUCCUCAAUCGACAUUGAUUCCUUGCGGAUUAUUAAUAUCUGUAUGAUAUUUUUACAUAUAAUACAUUCAUGAAAUUGUGAUUGAUUUGUGAAAUGUAAUUUUCUUCUUAGGAGGAUGGGUGUUCUUUGUGAAGAAAUUAUUCAGGGAUUAUGAAGUUCAUCAUAGACUAGUACAACUAAUUUUCUCUGCAACGUUUUCAUUGUCAUGUACCAUGUUUGAAUUAAUUAUUUUUGAAAUAGCAGGAGUGCUUGACUCAAGUUCUAGAUAUUUCCAUUGGAAUGUUGGCCUUUACAUGCUUCUGUUUAUGGUAAUAGUUCUGAUACCAUUUUAUAUAGCAUAUUUUAUUAUCAGUAAUAUCAGAUUUGUAAGACUGAAUCUAAUACAGCCAUUGACUAUUAUCAUAUAUCUUUUCUAUCUCUAUCUAUUCUGGAAAGUGGGAGAUCCUUUUCCAAUAUUAAGCCCCAAGAAAGGAUUGCUUUCUAUAGAGCAAGGUGUCAGUCGAAUAGGAGUUAUCGGCGUCACAGUAAUGGCCCUUUUGUCAGGUUUCGGGGCUGUAAAUUAUCCAUAUACUUCAAUGACUUACUUUAUGCGUCCAGUUUCUUACACGGACGUACAGUCUAUAGAAAAACGAUUGUUGCAAACUAUGGACAUGAUUAUUGCAAAAAAGAAAAGAAUUGCCUUAGCUAAAAAGGGUGAAGCCGAUGGACAAACCGAAACUCGAUCUCGAUUAUGGGGAAUGCUAGGUCCAUUAGGUGGUAUGAAGGGAAAUCAAGAAAGUAUCAAGCAAUUACAAAUUGAAAUUGCCGCUUUAGAGGAGUUAUCACGACAAUUAUUUUUGGAAGCGCAUGAUAUACAAAAUGCGAGAGAACGUCUAGAAUGGGCUGCUACUUGGCAAGGGAAAUAUUUUAAUUUCCUCGGUUAUUUCUUUUCUUUGUACUGCACAUGGAAAAUAUUCAUUUCCACAAUCAACAUAGUAUUUGAUCGAGUUGGCAAAAAAGACCCAGUGACUAGAGGAAUUGAGAUUGCAGUGCAUUGGAUUGGUUUUAAUAUCGAUGUCACGUUUUGGUCACAACACAUUUCUUUCUAUCUCGUCGGUUGCAUUGUUGUAACAUCCAUACGUGGAUUAUUGUUAACUCUGACAAAGUUUUUCUAUGCUAUAUCAAGCAGCAAAUCGUCAAAUAUUAUUGUACUUAUACUUGCGCAAAUAAUGGGUAUGUAUUUCGUAUCUUCCGUACUUCUUAUGCGAAUGAAUAUGCCAGCAGAAUACCGCAUUAUAAUAACGCAAGUAUUAGGAGAAUUACAAUUCAAUUUUUAUCAUAGAUGGUUUGAUGUUAUUUUCUUGGUAUCAGCGUUAUCAUCAAUAGUGUUUUUAUAUUUAGCUCAUAAACAUGCACCAACAGAACGCAUGUAACAAAAUAAAGGUACUUUUUAUUGAGAAAAAUCU